GACACUCUGGCCCGGCUCUCGGUGGUGCGGGAGCAGCGGCCGCUCUGGUCGGCGGACGUGCUGCUGAGCAGUCCCGGAAGCGAAGCAGCGAUGGCGGAGAGUCCGACUGAGGAGGCGGCGACGGCGACGGCUGGCGCCGGGGCGGCGGGCCCAGGGUCGAGUGGUGUUGCCGGUGUGGUCGGCGUUAGCGGGAGCGGCGGCGGGUUCGGGCCGCCUUUUCUGCCGGAUGUGUGGGCGGCGGCGGCGGCGGCGGGCGGGGCCGGGGGACCGGGGAGCGGCCUGGCUCCGCUGCCAGGACUCCCGCCCUCGGCCGCUGCCCACGGGGCCGCGCUGCUUAGCCAUUGGGACCCCACGCUCAGCUCGGACUGGGACGGCGAGCGAACCGCGCCACAGUGUCUACUUCGGAUUAAGCGGGAUAUCAUGUCCAUUUAUAAGGAGCCUCCUCCAGGAAUGUUCGUUGUGCCCGACACUGUUGACAUGACUAAGAUUCAUGCUUUGAUCACAGGCCCAUUUGACACUCCUUAUGAAGGGGGUUUCUUCCUGUUCGUCUUUCGGUGUCCACCUGACUAUCCCAUCCACCCACCUCGGGUCAAACUGAUGACAACGGGCAAUAACACAGUGAGGUUUAACCCCAACUUCUACCGCAAUGGGAAAGUCUGCUUGAGUAUUCUAGGUACGUGGACUGGCCCUGCCUGGAGCCCAGCCCAGAGCAUCUCUUCUGUGCUUAUCUCCAUCCAGUCCCUGAUGACUGAGAAUCCCUACCACAACGAACCAGGCUUUGAACAGGAAAGACAUCCAGGAGACAGCAAAAACUAUAAUGAAUGUAUCCGGCACGAGACCAUCAGGGUUGCAGUCUGUGACAUGAUGGAGGGCAAGUGCCCCUGCCCUGAACCCCUACGGGGAGUGAUGGAGAAGUCCUUCCUGGAGUAUUAUGACUUCUAUGAGGUGGCCUGCAAAGAUCGCCUGCAUCUUCAAGGCCAAACUAUGCAGGACCCUUUUGGAGAGAAGCGGGGCCACUUUGACUACCAGUCCCUCUUGAUGCGCCUCGGACUGAUUCGACAGAAAGUGCUGGAAAGGCUCCAUAAUGAAAAUGCUGAAAUGGACUCUGAUAGCAGCUCCUCUGGGACAGAGACAGACCUUCAUGGGAGCCUGAGGGUCUAGACCCUGCUCCCCUGCCCCUCCCCCAACUCGAGAGUCCCAGCAGAGCCCCUCCCCUCGCCCCAGGGACGGAGAGGCACUGUGCAUCUCCCUUCAAAGGUGUCCGCAAGGUGGCAAGAAGCAAGCAAGCUCAACCCCAGGGGGUGGGGGUGGGGCUGGUCCCAGUCUGACCUCUUUGGUGCUGGAGCACCUAGGGCAACAGUCAAUCCUGGAUCAGGGCCAGGGUACUUUUGUGAAAGUACCUGGAGUGAUGGCCUCUGGCAAAGCUAAACAACCAACACACCUCUCUGCAGGGCCAGCUAAUUAGGGAUAGGAGAAGACAGAAAAUGAGAACCCAAGAGGGAGCAUGCCCAAGUGGUUUAUAGGGAUAUCUGGGAGUUUGGGUGGGGGUGCUGUCCAUGACACUUAAGCAGUCUGGUUGGUUAUCUGUUUGUCUUCAGUCUUGAAGCAGGGCUUCCCAACACCCUUUUCUUCCCCUCCCCUAUUUCCCAUGGGCCAGCAUAACUUUGUUUUUCCUAAUUUAUAUAGUCACUGUUCUAGACAGACCAAAGACAAGGAACAGUGGUGGAGUCUGGGCUGCUGAUCAGUAAGCUUUACCUAGCACCUGAGCACCUUCUCCCUCACACCAUUUCCUCCGAAUUUUAGGUUACAGGUAGAAGGUAAGCCAGCUGGAACUGAGCCCAGGUCUCUGUGAAGUCUGCAUGGGCGUCAGGAAGCUGCUCACUGUGUCCCCACAAUCACUGAUUUGAAAGGUUCCCAGCACAGGCAGCUGCAGCCUGUGUGGGAUUUGAGCCACUACAUAAAAUAGUCUCUUACAGAUUGUCCUGAAUAGUAGUCAAUGAGGGUGGUUUUCUUGGGGUGGAGCACGGUAAGACUAAUGCUAGUCCCUAUUUUGUUUAGCUGUUACGUCUGUAGUCCCUGUCCUCCCUUCUGUCCUACCCCCAUCCCUGGGGAUUUGUGAGCAUGGACAGCCAAUGGCUCGAGGGAUUGUGGCUGGGACUCUGGAGACUUCUCCCUUUAUCUUUCCCUCUUUGUCACUGGAGCUGUUCCUUUCUUUGAAUUUAGCUACAGUGACCCUUCAGCUGGUUGAGUAAGGAUAUGUGUUUUCAGUGGCUCUGGGUUAGAAGAACCUAUCCUUCCCAGGUUGAUACAGUUCACACUUUUCAGGGUUGCUGUUCUGGCUUCCAGUGGAUGGUUAGUGAUCCACAUGAUACAGGCCUUCUGGUCAGUGUCCAGCCCUGAGAAAUGGAGAGAGCCACCUGCCCUGCCCGCUGCUAUAAAGGUCUCUGACUUGUGGAUCAUGGGACUCCCUUGCAGAGAUAGGGAGAAGAUAGGGCACAAAGAGGGACCUCUUGGGAGGGCAGAAAGCAGAGAACUGGACAGGGACAGGUCACUUGGGGAGCAGUUUUGUUUUGGCUACAUGGUGGCUGGGUCAUGUGGAGGUUUGAAAGGGGACUCUGCUUCCAAUUUCCCUCUUCCAUUCCCAGAGCUAGUCCAGGGCUGAGGAUGCCUUUGGUCUGUGGGUCCAGUGUUGUCUGUCAUCCAUUAAGUGUUCCCACUUUCAAGUGACAAUCUUCUCCUUGGCCCUGCCAUGGGGCAGAGCAUGUCCGGCAUAGCAGCCUGACUUUUAUGCCCUGGUUUUAAGUUGAGGAAAUAUAUGCACAGGAGUCAAAGAGAUGUCUUUAUAUCUGACUGUACAUAAAUGAAGUUUUCUUUUUUUCCUUUUUGGUGCAAUAAAGUUUGUUUUGGCAGAAGGAGGAAGCGCCUGUGGGUGUGGGAGGGUUUGUGUAAAGAAACGGAGUCACCUGGGCCAACCUGUCAGGAAGGAGUUUUUUGGCAGCUGAGUAGAUGCAUCUGUGGAAAGAACUACUUGUGGUGGGUUCCCUAUCAUUUGGAAGUGCAGGGCUAUACUCUCAGCAGUCAAUGACAGAACAACUAACCCUGAGUGGAUACCAAAAGUAGCUUUCAAGAUUGGGCGUGAGCAUGUCCUGUGAGGGCAGAUGGGAGUCAAGAUGGGCCCAGGCUACAGGAUGUCAGUGUGGAAAAGCCACUGUAUUUGUGUCCAGAUAUUGACCCAGCACAGAUCUGACAAGCUUGUAAGACUGGGUUAUAAACUCUAAAAAGCCUUGUUUCCAUUACCAUCUCAUUCAAAUGCUGUGAGAGAAUUUUGCUUUCUAACAGAAGGUGUUUCCUCUUGAUUGAUCAUGAGUGCAGAAAGAAAUAACCAGUGCAUGUUCUGUCCUGCCAGCCUGUACUGUGAGUGCAAUGAUAGGGUAACGUGGGCUAGUAGAGCCUGGCUCUAGCUUUGGCACUGCCUCUGGCAUUCACUCCCCUUUGAGCCAGAUAACUGCUUAAGACGGUUGCUGUAAGGACAAAUGGACAGUGUAUAUAAAAGAACAGGGUAGGUACUCAGCAAUUCCCCACCUUGACCUGGUCAGGAAACAGUAAGGAAUUUGGACAAAUUACUGAACUGCAGUGGAACUGUUCCAGUUAAGUGCACCGCUUGCUUUCCUCUACCUAACACCAGACUUCAGUUUCCUUCACAUAGAAGACUGCAAGACAAGUCACAGAGCAAAGUCUGCUAGGGUGGAAAGGAAAUGAGGAAGAGCUUGAAUUGGUGAAGUGGUGACUUGUUUCACAGCUAUAAUAAGGCUAGCCACAAGAAGCUACAUCUUGGCCCAGCCCUGAGUCUAGAUGUUUUACACAAGUCAUUUUACAUGUUGCUCAGGUUAUCCUCACUGGAUAAAAGAGGCUUCCUCCAAAACAGAUGAAAUGUGAAGGCACUUCUAAAAAUAAAUACUGGGGGAACAAAAAAA